AUGCCGCUUGAGGGCAACGUGAUCAAGGCGCUCACCGCCGCCAGCAUCAUGCUAGGCUUUGUCGUGGCAGAGGCGGUCUCAUUCGUCUCGAUCGACGCGCGACUGAUCGUGGCGUCGUAUCGCCAUCGACAGCUCCGGCCGGCGCCGUGCGCGUACCUGCUGGCGCGACUCCUCUUCGUCGCCUGGUCGGUCCACAUGUUUGUCUCUGUCGUCUUGAUGACGCAGGGCCACGCCGUCGACAUGCGCACCUUUCGCGGCGUGUCAAUGGUGCUGCUGUCGCUGAAUAUGAUGGCCUCGACCGCAAUCCUCGCCUUGAGGGUGCUCGUCCUUCGACACAAGAGGCAGGCCAAGCGCCUCAUGUGCUGCAUGAUCAUCGUCCUGCUCUCGGCCCAGCUCCUCGCCGGUGCAGUCUCAACGUACGCGUUUGCCUCCACCGACGAGCUCGAGAUCGACCCCCGCCCGAUCAGGAUGCACGGGUGCGCCGUUGCGCAAUUCGCGGUGACCCUGGCCCUGGACCUCUUCUUUGCCGGCAUCGUCGUCGCCACCAUCCGCAGCAAGGAUAGCCAGGUGCGGGACUGCCGCGUCCUGCGCCUGCUGCUCAUUGAUGCGGUCGUCUACCUGAGCCUGUCCUUCCUGAUCAACGUCGUCACCAUCGUGGCACUUUUCGCGUGGCGCCACAGCCUGCUGGACACGAUCAUCACCAUUCGAGUCAACGUUCUGGUCUGUACGGCCAUUGCCUGCCGCAUCUUCCGAUCGCAGCUGGCCUUCUUUGAGACCCACCCGGCCAACAGCAGCUCCUCGCCGGGUCUGUCUGCCCUGCGGCCAAGGAGCAGGGACGCAUCGCCCUCGGCAUGUCCACGCAGCGACGCCCAGCCGCAGUACUUGUCGGCCGAUCCGCCCCGCAAGGGAGACGACGGUCCGUCCUGCACGACUCUCACCAAGGCAUCGUCGAAAAGCUGGACGGUCUCUACAGGCAGGCCCGAGGCUCGACCUCCGCUGCCCGAGGACAUGCCUCCGAGCCUGCGCGUCCAGCUCGAUGAGGCCGGCUGGAACGACUCGACGCUCCGGCUGGACGAGUUCGUACUCGUCGAGCCGCGUGGUCGCGCCAGCGGACGGUCUGGCAAGAGCGGCUCGUCGGCGUCUGUCGAAGCAGCCGAAUGCUCCGGACAGUCUGGCGAGGCCGGCACUCUGCGCAUUGUCCGCACUCUCGCACCGACGCACCCCUACUCGCUUCGCAGCCUCUGGAACGACGCGGCCGACGAGGCGAUGGCCGGUCUUGAGCUACCGCAGCACGCCCUGGAGCCAUCGCUGCCCUUUGCCAAGAUCGGGCACGUCCGCAGGGCGAUCGACUCGACGGCAGCCAGGGGCAGCCGCCUCGAGGCACUGAGGCCGACGAGCGGUCUUAGCAGCGCCGCCACGGACACCAACAUCGACGAUCCGGCCCUCCAGAGCAGCGAACACGAAUACACGCCAGCCGCCAGCCCCUGUCCUGCCCUCGCGGGGCGCGUGGCGGUGGGCGAUGGCGGCGACCUCGACGGACCGGACGAGGACGGGGCCGGGGUGCUGCAUUGCGCUGCGGCCAAGUCGUCGGCUCACUCGCUGAUCGACGCCGCCAUCUCGCCGAGGACCAGGAUGGUGUUUGACGCGUCGCUGGGCAGGUACGUCGUCGAUGACGGUGGCCAGGCCGCGAUCCGCGUCGGCGAGCACCAGCUGUCGGGCUCGACCAUCGUCGUGGGGCGCAUCUCGGACGCCAAGCACGGCGACGCCACGCCUCGCUCGCCCCGCGUCCGACGCCAGCCAAGGAGCGUCGACGCCGGCCCGGCUCAAAGAGGCAACGUCGACGGUGCCCAGCCUCGCCACGAGUCGCUCUAG